AUGUCUCUCAGCAAAAAUUGCCAUUAUUUUAAUGAUUUAAAUGAUUAUGAAGUAUUAAUUAUUUACACAUUCUACAGAGAAAAGGAAAUUACCUCGUCUGCACGAAACUGCAGGAAUAAUUAUCGAUACGCUUAUCUAAAUUUACUUCCGAGAAAAUGGUGGAAACAUCCAUGUUAUGAAAAAUUGAAUUACGUUUGGCAAGAGUUCAACAUGGCAUCACUUUUGGAAAAAAACUAAUUUAACUAACCAAUGAUAUAUGACUAUUUUAGUUAAUAUUUAUAAUCAAAAUAUUGUUAUCUUUCACGAUCGAGGGAACUGCUAAAAGAGCUGUAGGCCGCAAAAUCCAUUCAUUAGGUUUGGUUAAAUUAGGGAAACCCAAUAUUAUCUUUCCCGUAGGUAAAAUGUGGUUUUCCAACCACCUUACAUCACCUGCCCUAUCAACAAACGUUUCAAAAGUUCACUUUCUUCUUGUCGUUGCUGGACGACAAUUAAACUCGGCUGGUCCGUUUUAGACAACUUUAUUCACGGGUUUUACACUCACAACAACACCGCUUUUUUCCGCUCACGUUACUACAAACUCAACUUAUCUCAUCUCACACACGCGCACGCGGCCCCUAGUAACGAGCUGCUACGCGGCUAGAAAUGAAAGUACGCGAAGCGGGAGGGACACUUCUCUUAGAGAAAAAAGCGCCUUUCUUUAAAAGUUAUUAGUGUUCUGUACAUCAGCGUGAGUUUUCAAAACAAAUAAUGUGUCACCUGGCUCCCACUGGUGGGAAGUAUUUUUCAAGCCCAAGAAACCAGUACGAAACCGUUUUCAAAAUAUCAUUUAACAACGAAAAAGGCACGCCAUCGAAACUGCUUUGUGGAAAACUCUGGCGACCAGAUGUUCCAUGAUCGGUUUAUUUUAUGGAAGAAACAAUUUGCGUUGUAAACAAGAAGUCUUUAAAAGCAAUGCCACCUUUAUCGCACAAAGAAUACAGCAGGGCGGAGGGAUUAUCUUUGAGCUUGCUGUGUAGGGAAAUAAGACAAAUUUAAAUCUAAGCUAUGCGCGUAAACUCCUUUUCUAGAGUUCUUUUGGGGUGCCCUGAAGACACGAUAACAAUUCAGUCAGCCGACGUAUAAUUUACUCAUUAUUCAUUGUCACCUUUUCUUAUUCACAAAAAUAGAAAGUUCCUCAUCCUCCAAAAAGAGCUUCACAAAAAACGACGACAACGUUCGCCUACAGUUUCUUCAGACACUAUGUAAAGAGGCAUGUCUGGUAUGCAGUACAAAACCUUUACUUUAAACUGGAUUGAGAACCCGCUAAUAUCGCCUUUUCACAGCUGGAAAACUUUGUUUGAUAUUGCAUUGUCAAAUAAUCAAAGCCAAUUUAAAAUUCAUAUUUAGGUGGUGCUUACAGCCGAAAGCCAAUCGGCGUGAAAUAUAACUGGUGUAAUUUACAAUUUUCGAUUAAGGAGAUGAAGGGGUUAUUGAUUUUUUUAUGGCGGGGUCUUUUAAGUCAGAUAUUGUUCUACCUUCCAAACAAAACUUGAAAUAACAAAAGGUUUCCUUUUGACUUGUAAAAAUCUUAAACUAUUUCGAGGUCGCUUUUUAGGAAACAUGAUCAGCAAACACCUUCAAAAUCCUUAAAAAGAUGAAGGAAGAAAAAAGCGCAAGAAACAAUCAAAGUUUUGGAAAACGUUAAUCAGUAUUCAAAAGGGAAACCUAUCAAUUUUACGUCAGAUUAUUUACUCAGAUGAUAGUGUUGGUGUCGUCAUGAAUAUUCACUUUUCCACGUGCUUUAGUCUUUAUUCGCACGUUUGAGCUAGUCAGGGCUAUUAUUGUUCCAUUAGCCUUCACCCUGAGGCGACCACGUUGGAUAUUCUGGUGGUAUCAAUAGCGGAAAGGGUCUUGUCUUUUUGCUUCGUUUAACAGUUUGGGAACUGUCUGAGGGGCAAUGGCGAUAAAGGUGUCUGUUACUGGUUUGUUUUGUUUCUGCUUUCCAAUAGUUCUUGCAUCAGCGUCUCUGGCGGCCGAUGUCGACCUAUGUGGUGUCGGUAAAAUUGAAGGUAAAAAUUUAACCCUGGCGUUGAACUUCACCGAAGAGAAUGCCAUGAAAAACGGCGGAGAAUGUAGCCGUGUUGUAUUUCUAGAAUCAGCGCGGGUAAAACUUGUGGUCGAGCAAUUUAACCUCGCUAAUGGAGCGGUCUUCGAAAUAUACGACGGCCCAAGCCCUGAAAAAGGCCAACUUCUCGGUUUAAAAGCGGACACUGGGUUGCCACUGACGUACAUUACCACGAGUAACGCUUUGUUCAUUAAGUUCAGAGAUAGCCAAAAAAAGGAAGGGCCUUCGAGUUUUCGCGGGAAAGUCGCUCCGGAACCUUAUCAGCACAUGUGUCGCUGUCGGUCUGUAGAUAAUGGAACUCUAGAGUGUUCUGAGAGUGAUCGCGAAAGAAGUUGUAAAGUAAAGUGUCAACCAUCAUAUAUGGACUUGUCAAUAAGUAAAGAAGUGAAGUGCGAUCUCGUGAAAGGAGAAUGGGAUAUUGAUAUUCAUAACAUGCACAUCGCUUGUCAGAAGGUGCAAAGCCCAUUACAAAUCAAAGCGCUGUUGCAGUUCGAUUACGUUAAUGCAACUUGUAAAGAUGCUGACUCGGAAAAAAUAAAAAGUGCCUUCAGGGUGUCCAUGGAACAAAACAAUGACGUAAAAACCAAGGGUGUGUGUUUUGCUCCUGGUGGUGAUGAAAAUGUGGAUUGCAAGGGGAAGGAAGUUCAAGUGAACUGCACUGGUGACAAGCCAGCCAGAAUGAUAAUAACAAUUACAGACCGUGUAACAAAACCUCCAACUUUAAAGGAAGCCAAUGUGAAACUUCAAGAGCUGAUCACAGCAUACAAAAACUUGAACCUUGAUAAUGUUUUGAACUCCAAAGAUUUAGUCAUGAAUAAUGGAAGUGACUCAUUCACUCCAGAUAAGGCAUCAGCUUCUAUAAAGGUAACACCUCUAUGUGAUAAUCUACAACACUAUAUUAAGGUCCCUGGUAAUGAUACAUCUUUUGUCUGUUCCACCUGCCCACUGCACCAUGCCUAUAACACGUCUACCCACAUGUGUGAGGAAUGUCCCUCCGGAAGUAGAGCAUCUUCUGGUGCAAUCUCCUGCACAAAGAGUGAUGGCACCAUUAAGAUGACCCCCAUUAAGACUCCAUGCAAUAGUGCGUGCAUGAAGGGAAGACAUGUGGAUUCGAACUCUAAGAUGUGUGAAUGGUGUCCACAGGAUACUUACCAGAACUCUUCAACAAGGCUUAACCCCACAUGUAUGCCUUGUCCUGAUCAAAAGAAGACCAGCUUUCCAGGAGCACAGAGUGUAGAGGAAUGUCGUGACCCUUGUUCAUCAGGUUCCUUCUACAACACAUCUAGUGGUGCUUGUCAGAGUUGCACUAUCGGUUCUUACAUUGAUGUUGACAAUCAUGCACUCACCAAGUGCAAGACCUGUAGUGUGGGUAAGACAACCAGAGCAACUGGCAGCAAAGACAGCAGUGACUGUUACACAAGGUGCCCACCAGGCCAGUUUUACAACUCAGAUUCAAAACAGUGUACUCCUUGUGGAAAAGGUAAAUAUCAAGACAAGAUGGGCGAAGACACUUGCAUGGAUUGUCCUAUGAACAAAACAACUCUGAAUCCAGGAUCAAAAAGUUCUGCUGAAUGCAUUAUGUUAUGUGGACCAGGACAAUUUCUUAUGGAAUCUAAUGGAAAGUGUGAUGAUUGUCCAAUGAAUACAUACCAGGAUAUUAAUCAGCAUCAAAACAAGACAUGCAAGUCCUGCGGACCAGACAAAAUCACAAAUGCAACAGGGAAAUCUAGCAUUUCUCAGUGCUUUGAGAAGUGUAGCAAGGGCCAGUUCUUAAACAAGUCUUCCACCAAGUGUAAAAGGUGUCCUGCAGGAGAGUACCAAGAUCAGCUGGGUCAAGAGCAGUGUAAAAAGUGUCCACCAGGUCAUUACCAAGAUCUAACAGGCCAAGAGCAGUGCAAAAAGUGUCCAGCAGGCAAGUACCAAGAUCUAACAGGCCAAGAGCAGUGCAAAAAUUGUUCUACAGGGGAGUACCAAGAUCUACCAGGCCAAGAGCAGUGCCAAAAUUGUUCUACAGGGGAGUACCAAGAUCUAUCAGGCCAAGAGCAGUGCAAAAAUUGUUCUGCAGGGGAGUACCAAGAUCUACCAGGCCAAGAGCAGUGCAAAAAGUGUCCAUCUGGGGAGUAUCAAGAUCAGCCAAGCCAAAAGCUGUGCAAAAAGUGUCCAUCUGGGGAGUAUCAAGACCUACCAGGCCAAGAGCAGUGCAAACAGUGUGGUACAGGAGAGUACCAAUAUCUAUCAGGCCAAGAGCAGUGCAAAAAAUGUGCUACAGGAAAGUACCAAGAUCAGACAGGCCAAGGGCAGUGCAAAAAUUGUUCUACAGGGGAGUACCAAGAUCAGCCAGGCCAAAAGCUGUGCAAAAAGUGUCCAUCUGGGGAGUAUCAAGAACAGACCAGCCAGAAGUACUGUAAAAAGUGUCCUGAAGGUAAAACCACUGAAAACAAGGGAACUGAUGAUUCUAAAGCAUGCAUAACUAUUGAUGUAAAGAGCAAAUUUGAAUUGUCUCUUAGAUUUGCUUCUCUUUCUUGGAGUGAAGAACUUAAAGAGGAAGGGAGCAUGAAAUACCAAGAGACAAAGGCAGUCAUUGAGAAAGCAAUCCAAUUUGAGUUCCGCUAUGAUCAAUCAUUCGAGAGUGUUGAGGUAACCAACCUAAAGAAAGGCAGUGUCAUUGCAGAGUUUGAUGUGAGCUUCAAUGACAAAGCUGAUUACAAUCCUGUAAAAGUUCUUCAAGAGGCAGUAGAUAAAGGUCACGUAGGAAACUUGACAGUUUCUCCACAGUCAUUGAAUAUUCUUCAUCAACCAUGCCAUCAACCUCUAGGCAUGGAAAAUGGUCAAAUCAAGAACAAGCAAAUUACAGCAUCAACAUUCUUCAAACAUCAUGAGCCAUCGGAAGCCAGACUGAAUGCAGAAGGAGGGCGGGGCUGGCAUGCUAAGUAUUUCAAGAAGACGGAGUACUUGCAGAUUGACUUUGAGAGUGAGGUCAACAUAACAGGUGUGGCCACACAAGGAGUAUCCUCUGAAGAACAUUUUUAUGUGACAGAAUACAAGCUUAAUAUGAGCAAAGAUGGAAUUGUGUGGCAUGAAUACACUGAAAAUAACAAAUCAAAGGUUUUCAAUGGUAAUAAUGAUGCAGAAACUGCUGUGAGAAACGACUUUGCACCAUCUGUGCAGUCUCGGUUUAUCCGAUUUCUGCCUCAAAAUUGGAACGAACGCAUUUACAUGCGUGUUGAGGUCUAUGGCUGCAAGCCCAUCAACCUGCCUGUUCCAUCACCUACAACUGAAGCAGAUGUUGCUGCAGUGACAGCAAAAGAGGAAAAGUGGCCAUGGGGAGCAUAUCUUGGCAUCAUGUUUGCAAUCCUGCUUGUCAUUGGAGUUGUGGUUGCUGUCAUCUGCUGGAGGAAAAAGAGCCAAGAAAAGAGAGAGGAAGCUGGAACUGAUGAAGCUCUGAUGGGAAUGAGGAAGCAUGGUGAUGGAGAGUACAGAGUCAUCGAGAAAAAUGCUGCAGAGCCUGACGAAUAUGAUGAAAAUGUAGUUUGAGUCAAAUUAUCAAAGACACAAAAGUUGAUAAAAGAGGCAAUAUAACUUGCGCCUUUUCAAAGACAAAAAUAGUUUAGUCAUUAUAAAGUUAUGUCUGUCAAACUCAACAUAGGAACUGUGUUUUUUUCAUAUCAAUAUUAACUUUUGAUUGUUUCUUAGAUAGUGAAGUACCCUGUGUAACAGGUGCUUGACUUGACAGGGUGUAAUGGUGAUUUAGCUUAAAAGAGUACACAGGCACAAGAGACAGAGUACUGCUUUUCUCACCAAGCUCUAGCUGCUCAAUAGGCUAAUGUGUAACAAAUUAUAUUACAUUUAUAUUAAAUUAUGAACAUAAUUUUUACCAUUAACAGCUAAUAUCUGGAAACUAUGCAGAAGACCUCUUGCAGUCAACCAGACAUCUUGUUCCAGAUACAAGAAACUACGUCAAUAUUUUGUCUCCUUGGUUACUGGCCCUCCUUGCCUCAUUUCAGGGUGAAGAUUCUUUCAAAUUUCAAAGAUGACAAAGAAUCACAGUAAUAAGAGAAUAAGGAAAAAAGUCACCAUUUUGGAGUAAGAUUUAUAAUGGCUGUCAACAACCAGUUACAAGAAGACAAAGUAAAGAAAACAACUCAAUGAUGAUGAUAAUUUUCCCUGAAAAUCUAAACAUCGUUUUUCAUUGCUUAAAUGUUUUUCUUGUGGUUUUUAGCAUAGAAACUUUUGUUUGUUCUGACUGAAGUUAAUUCACAUUUCCUAUUUUCCAUUUCAUGUUGCAAAAAUAGGGACUUUUCAAUUGAAAGGAGUUUGGCAUGCCUGUGAUCUUACAAGAGGGCAAUAAAGUCUAGUGAAAAUGACAAAAAAAAUGAAUAACAAAGUAUCAUUGUGGUUUGGCAGCUUAGAUCUUAGGCCAUAUAAAACAUACAAUUUGCAAAAGAAGUUUUGGUCCAUAUUAUCCCUUAAAUUUGUAGACUGCAAUUCCCUGAAAUAAAUGCUAUUUGAGAGUUG